AUGGAGUCCCCGGGGCCCUCAGGCCUACUCCGGCCCCGCUGCAGGGGAAGGAGCAACCCCAGGUCGCCUGGGACCGUCACGGUUUUCCAGACGCGAAGCCUGCUUUGUAGAUGGGUUCUGGUCCGUUUACAUGCCUCCCAGCUCAAACUGAUUCAGAGAGAACUGCACGGCCUACAGGGCACUCUGAGGUUCACACAGCGACAAGGCCUCCUAUCCGCCUACCCCACUUUCUCCUUUAUCCGCGGCGGCGAUGGACGCAGCCUUCCGGACGCGCGGGCACCUAGGACUUGGGUCCACUUAGACAAGCCGGGAAGCCGGGCCUCACACACCCCCAUGAUGUCAGAUGGAACGUGA